GACUUGAUUGCUGAAUCGAUUGAUAAGCGAACUGAUUAAGAUUAUACAUUGUCUUUUGGCUGUGUUAUGGCUGAGCUUUUGUCAAGUGAUCAGUGAAAUAUUUAUUUGAAGGAAAUAGCAAACAGAACAGGUAUCCCGAGAAAAAAAUCUAAAGCUUGAAACAAAAAUACUCAUCAAUACAAUAUACUUUAACGACAUCGAACUGGAUAUUCUUAAAACAGUAAAAUAAUAAAAAUGCUGGAGGAAGACCUAUUUGCUUACAUGAAUGAUAGUGAUGAAGAGGAACCAAACCAUGAUUAUAAUUCUGAGGAUGAAUUCAUUGAUAAUGCAAAUGAUGAUCAUUUUGUUGAUAAAGAUGAUUUAGAUAAUAACAUUAAUGUUGAGUUUCAUAGAGAUGCUGUGACAGCACUCAAUCAAUGUCCAACACUAAAAGCAAGAAAACUUUGUGUGUUCAAUUUGGAUUAUAAGUUGCAUCACAGUGACCAAUAUGACAUAGGUGGAACAUAUAGUAAGCAAAAACCUAAUUUGUGGUUUUACUGCACAACAACUGUAUGCCCUGGUGGAAAUUACCUUUUGAAUAUUUUUGUCUGCCAUCGAAACACAGGUACAUUCAAAAUCAAUAUUAGUGACAUCGAGACAUGUAUCCAGAUGAAAGAUGUGACAUCAUUUUCGAAAUAUUUAUUAUUGCCAAAUAAAAUGACUUCAAAAACAUUUAGAUCUUCACAAAUUGAUAAGAAUCAUUACAUAAAAUCAUUUUGCUUUUCAAAAGAAGUUGUUGAUAACCUUCACAAAACUCUUAGUAUUCCAAUCGAAAUUGAACUUAAACCAAAAUGUCCAGUUGAUAAAGAGAUCCUAAGAAAAAUAAAGUUUAGACAUUGCUCAUCUGGUAUGUUUCAAAGGCAAGAAAAUACAGAUUUCAUUCUAGAAUCUAAGAGUGGAAAUAAGUAUGAUGUACACAAAGUACUUCUAGCAACUCACAGCAAUGUAUUAAGAGAUAUUAUCAAGAAUUCAGAAUCAAACUCCACUGUUGUUGAUAUGAAUGAUGAUGAAAUUGAAGUUUUGCUGGAAUACCUCUAUUCAAUAACAGAUAAAUCAAUUUUAGAUGAAACUCUUUUUAAGCUUCAAGAUGUAGCUAACAGAUAUAAGCUAGGAAACCUUAUUCCAUUAAUGCAAUAUGAGCUGUUUCAAAAAUUAACUGUUAAAAAUGCAAUAGAUAUAUUUGUACUUACAGAUAAGUACAAACUAGAAAAUAUGCAAAAAAUUGUUACUCUAUUUAUUAAAAACAAUCCAGAAGUACUUGAAACUGAAGGCUGGAAGAAUUUAAAUGAUGUGAAUCUAACGAAAAAGUUGUAUAACAUAUGUAAACAACUAAUAUAAAUAAGUUAUAGAAUACUCAUAACAUUUGAAUUAAUUGAUGUUUUAUUAAUAUUGUUUUUAUAUUUUAUUUAUUGUUAAUAAGAAACUAAUUACGUAAACUAUGUCAUCAUCCAUAAAUGUUGUAAAAUAAAAUGGAAACCUAUUUCUAAA